AACCUCUAUGUCUAUCUGGCAUCACUAGGGACCUAUUGGUCUAUGUGGGGCGGUCAGCCAGACUGAAUAACCUUACCUAACCUUAAAUUUAAUAAUUUCUAUCUAUUGAUGUAUUAUAAAAGACUGCAAGUCUUACGUCGACCCUCAAAUCUUAAAAAAUAAAUUUAUUUCCCAGGUUUAAAACCGGCUAAGAGGUGUCAGUUCAGCACUGGUCACCAAACAGGUUGGGGAACUUCGGUGUUGUUCCAUACAGCAACAACAGCUAGGUAUUGUAUCGCAGAAAGGUCAUCUGGUCCGCACAUUGAUCCCUUGCGACUAAUCUAAUGAACAAUUAAGUAAUACGAAUUUUUUGUAAAAAGUAUAUCUUACAUUCAAUUUGAGGAGUGCAUUACUUGGAGAAUUAUUGAAGUAUUUCAAAUAGAAUAACGCUAACAAAAAAGUUAAGACUGAAAAAAGCAUCUAAUAGUAAUGUAUUUAUCUGAAAAACGAAAAAAAAUUUUAAAUUGAAUUACGUAUUCAAGAAAUGUUUCGUUUGUAAGCCAAGGAUGAAACUUAUUUAAUAUUGCUAACUUUGGAAAAGGGAAUAAAAACACGGAAUUCAUGUUGCCUCGGAAUUCACAUCCUAUGUAUGCAGAUGAAAUUUUCCUUUCUUACUGCGAAGUCUUAGCAUAACCGUUUUUAUAGCGCUUAAAUGAUAAACCAUAUUUAUAAUUACAUGUAGUUUAAAAGUACUCCGGUAACAAUGCAUGAGAUACAGAUAAAUGACAUCAGAAAAAAACGUGAUUGAUGCCGUCCGAGGAACGAUUGCAGCUAUGUUUAACAACGUAUAUCAUUUAUUCAAAGAUGCUGACAACUGCACCUUGAUGUCACAAUAUUUCAAACUUCGGACACGCGGCAAUGUACACAUUAGACUUUGGCGAUGGCGAAAACGGCAGCGUGUUUUACGAUUAUUUAGAUUUUUUACAGUCAGCACGAUCUGCUUCUUAUGUUACUGUAGUGUUUUUAGUGCCGUUGUUGCGCUAAAUGAAAGCAGCGGUCAAAGCAGAAAUGGUAGUAGUAAAUUGAAAAACACUUUGCCGAGCUCAACGAGUAUAAAUGAUACGACACAGAUGGGACUACAAUUUCCCUCAAGUGACAUCGUUGCACAAUUCAGUUUGCCAGCACUGGCUCCUGGAGGUAGUACCACUGAAGGAGGAUCCGAUGGUCUCGCUUCUUCAACAAUGACAAGCACACUUAAUACGCUUAAUCGCUCGAAUCCAACUAUUCUAAGUGGUUCUCAGUACAAAAAUUAUUUUACCCAUUUAGCAUACGAUCCUAAGCGUAAAGUUUUUUACGCUGGCGCAACUAAUAAGAUACUCCAAUUGAAUGAAAAUUUGCGUGUUUUAUCUCAGGCAUUAACAGGACCCAAAUAUGAUUCACCCCAAUGUCACGCCAGCGGUUGCCCCGAUGAUGUCGAUACAACACUAGUUAAUAACCAUAAUAAAAUACUAAUAGUAAAUUAUGCACAGGGUGUGGGAAUACUUAUUGUAUGUGGCAGUGUACGGCAAGGUGCCUGUGAAAUGUAUAACCUUACAAAUUUUCCGAACUCGCCUCAGUUCAUUGAAACUCCUUUAGCUGCAAAUGAUGAGUUCGCCUCCACGUUUGCAUUUGUUGGUCCAGCAAAGUAUUCAUGGAAAGACGAAGAUAUUCUGUAUGUUGGUACAACAUUUACAAAUGUUGGUGAUUAUAGGCAUGACGUGCCAGCAAUUUCAUCACGCCGUUUAGACGAUUUAAAUUAUGUUGAGUUUUCAAUACAGCAAUCUAUUAUUAAUAUAGAUGUUAAAUAUCGUGAUCACUUUCUUGUUAACUAUGUGUACGGAUUUAAUUCAUCAGAAUAUGCCUAUUUUGCACUAGUGCAAAAGAAAUCACAUUUAGCUGAUGAAGCUGGCUACGUUACUCGAUUAGCGCGGAUCUGUGUUGCGGACCCGAAUUAUGAUACUUAUACCGAGGUGACCAUUCAGUGUCUUGCAACCAGGGAUAAUGUUGACUAUAACAUAUUACGGGAUGCAAAGAUUACUCAAGCUGGCCAAAAAUUAGCUCAGAAAAUGGGACUAAAACGUGAUGAUUCUGUUUUAGUUGCCGUCUUCUCGCCAUCUAAAGAAAUCACAGAUCAAGUAGAAGCCAAAUCGGCCAUGUGCAUAUAUAGUCUAAAAGACAUUGAAGAAAUGUUUAAUGAGAACAUACAUAUGUGUUUUAACGGAACUAUUAAGGAUCGCAACUUGGGCUAUAUAUCUGGUACUAUCGAUGAUGGUCAUUGUCCAGUAGCAGGUACCAUAGGUAAUAUUCAAGACUUUUGCACGGUUGGUUUAAAGAUUAGUGGGUCUUCGCCGAUUACUACACAAUCCCUAUUUCACUUCGAAAAUGUUAGUAUAACAUCGGUAACUGCAACGACUACUGGCCUUCAUACGUUAGCUUUUUUGGGAACUGAAUUUGGCACAAUAAAAAAGGUUUUAAUAUCUGGCCACAAUGCCGGCGAAUACGAAGAGAUAACAGUCGAUCCUGGCAAUCGAAUUCUUCAAGACACCAUGAUGUCUUCAAAUAAAGAGUUCUUGUAUGUGCUUUCGAAACGUAAGAUUACCAAACUUCGAAUAGAGCAUUGCUCAGUUUAUUCUAACUGCUCUUCGUGCUUGGAAUCUCGUGAUCCUUUUUGUGGCUGGUGUUCACUGGAAAAACGUUGUACUGUCAGAUCAACUUGCCAAAAAGAUACUUCUGCCGCACGUUGGCUUUCACUAGGAAGUGGUCAACAAUGUAUUGAUUUCGAAUCUGUUGUCCCUGACAAAAUACCUAUCACUGAGCUUACACAGGUGCAGUUAGUCAUACGUACUUUGCCAGAGCCGUUCAAUGCUAAAUAUCGCUGCGUUUUUGGAAACUCAACCCCUAUUGAUGCUGAUGUACUUGAAAAUGGAUUAGCUUGUAUUACCCCGCCGAUAGAGGAAAGACCUCAGAUCAGUUCGAAUAUGGAUCACGUUUUGGUGCCGCUUUCUGUUCGAAGUUCAGAGACCAAUAAAGAUUUUGUGUCGCGUUCCUUUGCAUUUUUUGACUGUUCUAGGCAUAAUACUUGUCAGAAUUGUGUGCGCAGUAUUUGGGGGUGCAACUGGUGCAUUUUUGACAAUAAAUGUGUACACAAAAUGGAAGAAUGCAGGAAUAUGGAGAAUGUUAUUAGUAAUGAAGAAGUCUGUCCACAUUUGAAACCUUCUCGGCAGCCGAUACUACUGCCUGUUCAAGUGCCAAAAGAAAUAAGACUUGAAAUUGAAAAUCUUCCCAAGCCAAAAAGUGCCCAUUCCGGAUUUUUGUGUACCGUUCAAAUCGAAACAUCUCAAAUGCUUUUGCCAGCACGCAUUGAAUCAAAUAAAAUUGUAGUAUGUGAAAAGACGCCGUAUUUCUAUGAAAGGAAUACCCAUGAAUAUGAGGCAAAAGUGGAUAUUAUAUGGAAUCGGCAACAUUAUGUUGAUACGGCAACCAUUAUCUUGUAUAAAUGUGAUGUGCUAGGUUCCCAUCGUGAACAUGCUGAUUGCAGCUUGUGUGUUACAAGGGAUCCUAAAUAUCAGUGUUCGUGGUGUGGUAAUUCAUGUGUCUACAAUGAGACAUGUUCUUCCGAGGUGCACGCUGUAGGGUCGUAUGAUAUGCCAUAUUCGAUGAUUCGCGCUAACGAAUGCCCACGUCCUCGCAUCGAUAUGAUUAAACCUCUGUCAGGACCAAUCGAAGGUGGAACUUUAAUUACUAUUGAAGGCAGUAAUUUAGGUAUACGAGAGGAAGACGUGCGUGGAAAAAUAUCUAUUGGUAAAGUUCCAUGUGAAUUGGUUAACUAUGAAAUAUCAGUGAAAAUUGAGUGUCGAACUGGUGCUGUUGCACAUGAGCUAUCCGCUCCUAUAAAAGUUGCCAAUGACGCUGGUUACACAGAAUCGAGUGUACAAUUUCAUUUCAAGAAUAUACAGCUUAAUGGAUUACAACCAACAAUCGGUCCGAAAUCUGGUGGCACGCAAAUUUCACUUAUGGGAAAGUAUCUUAAUAUUGGCUCCCAUAUACGAGCAUUUCUAGAUGAGUACGAAUGCAAUAUAAAUGUAACUCAAGCAUCUUCGUCGCGCUUGACUUGUAUUACAUCGGAAGCUACACAACCAGAACCAAUUCGAAUUUUACGAUUAGUUAUAGAUGGCGCCAACCGGACAUAUACCUGUAGCAAUCCCAUGUUUCCGCAAAUUCAUUCGCAUAAAAAUUCAUAUAGUCAACAUCAAGUAUCGCCUGAACAAGGCACAAACUAUGCUUAUCAUUAUCACAUUCCCUCGCCGCGGAUAUGCUCAAUAUUCAAUUAUACACAAGAUCCACGAAUAAUGCAGAUAAAACCCUUGCGGAGUUUUGCAAGCGGAGGUAGGGUAUUAACAGUUCAUGGCUUACAUUUGAAUUCGAUUCAGAAACCCGAGUUAGAGGUAACUAUUGACAAUGGGCGUAUUAAUAAGAGUGCCUGUACUGUUAUAAAUCCAAACCAAAUGGAGUGCCCGUCGCCGUCGGUCAAUGCAAAGUUUUUGGAAUACAAGGCCUCCUUGGAACAAAUUAAAAUAGCAGCUACAAAUCCGUACACGUCUUCGUUUUCGAAAUUCAGAUUUGAUGGUGUAAGAAAGCGUAGUACUCAAGUCGAAGAUAAUUCGUAUUCAUACACUACGAUCACCAACUCAGCAAAUGGUUAUUCCGGGGUAGCGGGUGCUGACGUUGCCGCUUUUGUUAAGAUACGUGAAACUCAAUUAAAUCUGCAAGUUGGUUUCAUUAUGGACAAUGUGCAGUGGGUACGCGACUUAAGUAAAUAUUUUCAAAAUAUUCGUAGUACGAUUGUUUACGUGCCCGAUCCGAAGUAUACUCCAUUUCCAGGUGGGGUCAAGCUUUAUAAAGGCGACACAUUAGUCAUAGAAGGCGAACAGUUAAACCUCGCCGCAGACGAAUAUGAUGUUAAUGUAACAAUUGGUACAUCGCAGUGUAAUAUAACCAGUUUGGCUUUAAAUCAAUUAGUAUGCAUUCCCCCUGAAAAGCAACCCGCACCCACUGAUGAAAACGAUGUAGAACAGGUCAACUCCUUGCCCUUAGUUGUUGUAAAAGUUGGCCGAAAUUUGCGAUUUGUUAUUGGACACUUAAAAUAUGAUCUACUUAAGCCAUACUCGUUCUCAAAUGCGCUAGUUGGUAUCGUUGUUACAGUUCUCAUCGCGUUAGUGGCCUUGUUCGUGGUUCUAAUUAUCUACAGGCGGAAAUCAACACAAGCUGAGCGUGAAUAUAAACGCAUACAAAUACAAAUGAUUACUUUAGAAAGCAAUGUUCGUUCAGAAUGUAAGCAAGCUUUUGCCGAAUUACAAACCGAUAUGACGGAUUUGACUGCUGAUUUGGAGAGCAGCGGCAUACCUACCCUCGACCACGUCAAUUACAUAAUGAAAGUUUUCUUUCCAGGAGUUUCCGAUCAUCCAAUUUUGGUAGCACCAAAGCUGCGAUUGAAUACCCCGCACACUCCUUACGACACUGCCAUGCUUCAAUUUGAACAACUGAUUAGCAACAAAUAUUUUGUAUUAACUUUUAUCGAAACCUUAGAAUCUCAGAAAACGUUUAAUAUUCGCGACAAAGUUAAUGUGGCUUCCCUUUUGAUGAUAGUUUUAAUGAACAAAAUGGAAUACGCAACAGAGAUUUUAAAAUGCUUACUGUUACGUUUAGUAGAUAAGUCAGUUGUGGGGAAGCAUCCACAUUUAAUGUUACGGCGCACAGAAAGUGUUGUAGAAAAAAUGCUUACAAAUUACAUGGCCAUUUGCAUGUAUGAUUACCUAAAGGAAUAUGCUGGUUCGAGUCUAUUUUUACUUUUUAAAGCAAUUAAGCAUCAAAUUGGAAAAGGUCUUGUAGAUGCUGUAACGCACGAGGCUCGAUACUCACUUUCAGAGGAGCGUCUCUUGCACGAGCAAAUUCCACAUUCAGUUGUAGUCUUACAUAUUGUUCAGGAUGAUCUUGACGAAAAGGUGCAAUGCAAAGUACUUGAUUGGGAUACUAUUUCGCAAGUGAAAUCAAAAAUAUUAGAUGCCCUUUUUAAAAAUACACCAUUUUCUUGUCGACCGUCAGUGCACGAAGUAGAUUUGGAAUGGCGUCAUGGUCGUGGCGGCCAUCUUACCUUGCAAGAUGAAGAUCUAACUACAAAAACGAUAAAUGGAUGGAAACGUCUCAAUACACUAGCCCAUUACGGUGUUAAAGAAUCAGCUGUAAUGUCGUUAAUAGCACGCCAAGGUGAUGGCUAUAACAUGCAUUACAGCAAGCAACAACCGCCGUAUCAUAAUUUUUACUACAUAAACAAUUCACAAUCUCAUAUUAUUAUUAAUAACGACAUCGAAAGCGGGCUGCAACAGCCGAGAGUUUAUCAUCUGGUUAAAGCAGUAGUACCCGAUCAUUAUAUGAAUAUAAAAAAUGCUGUAAUUUCUGGGAGUAACGUUACUACUUCUGCUUGUAGUGCUACUAGUGAGCGUGUAAACAAGACUAUACCUGAAGUUUAUUUAACAAGAUUGUUGGCAGCGAAAGGGACAAUACAAAAAUUUGUUGAUGAUUUUUUUGCUACAAUACUAACAGUGAACGAAGAAUUACCACCGGCUGUUAAAUGGUUAUUCGAUCUACUGGACGAGGCAGCACGCAGGAACGAGGUUGCUGAUAUGGAAAUUCUUCAUGCUUGGAAAUCCAACAGUUUGCCUUUGCGAUUUUGGGUGAAUUUUAUAAAAAAUCCGGACUUCAUUUUUGAUAUAAAUAAGACGGUCACAUUGGAUUCAUGUUUAAGUGUCAUAGCGCAAACUUUUAUGGAUGCAUGUUCCACAUCCGAACACCGCUUGGGUAAAGAUUCUCCAUCGAACAAGCUGUUGUUUGCAAAGGACAUUCCCCAAUACCGUAAAAUGGUUAAACAGUUUUACCGCGAAGUCGCGCGUUUGCCACAGAUAAGUGACCAGGAAAUGAAUACGGCCAUGCAGCAAUUGUCAGUUCAGCAGAGUGACGAAUUUGACACCAUAGCGGCAUUGAAAGAGCUCUACAUAUACGUUACUAAGUACAGAGAUGAG